GACCUGGAAGAAUUCGUCCAGAGUUCAGGGGAUGACGGAAUCAUCAUCUUCUCUCUCGGGACCUACGUGAUGCACAUGGAAGAAGAGUUCGUUGUCAAAUUUGCAAAUGCCUUCGCCAAACUUCCGCAGAAGGUCCUCUGGCAGUUCCGUGGAACAGUGCCACCUCUAGUUGACAAGAUACCCAACAUAAAGACCAUGGAAUGGCUUCCUCAGAAUGACCUGCUUGGCCACAAUAAAACACGUGUCCUCAUGUACCAAGGAGGAAACAACGGUCUGUACGAAGCGCUUUAUCAUGCCGUUCCUGUCGUCGUCAUACCCUUGUUCGCUGACCAGUCCGACAUCGCAGCUAGGGUGACGUCUCGAGGCAUUGGCAUCUCACUCGAUAUAGUGACCAUAACAUCGGAGAAGAUCGUCGACGCCCUUAAUGCCGUCAUCCAUGAUAAGAAAUACAAAGAAACGGUUACAAAGCUGUCGGCGAUAUUCCAUGACCGACCGAUGACACCUCUUGAAACGGCAGUCCACUGGAUCGAACACGUCCUCAAGCACGGUGGCGGCUACAUGCGAUCACCGAUUCAUGACCUAACCUGGUAUCAAUAUUACCUUCUCGAUGUCGCCGCCGUCUUUCUUCUCGUCUUCAUCACAGCAAUUGUUUUUGUGGUGUAUUCAUGUAAACUUGCUUUUAAGGGAUGUAAGCGAAUGUUUAUCGGUAGCAAAGCUAAAACUGAAUAAUGACACCUUUUUGUCUUUGGGGUAUUAUGUAAGAGGAUAUAUGUAUUGACGUCAGGGGCAAAUUCAGGAUUUCGAAAAGGGGUGGCACAUUUUCCCCUAGGAAAAUAUGACAUGCAAAAAAAAUUAAAAGGAAUCGUGUCUGAACGACAUAUUGCCAUUAAAUAUUUUGAAAGAUCUUAGAAAUGCUUUCAAAAACCAUUUCUUAAGAAUAUUUGCAUAACAUUAAUGAAACAUUAGCGUUAUCAUAAUAUCAAGCAUAUGCUUUGAUGGCCAGACAAAAAAAAUUAAGACAUUUAAAAAAAAUGUUAUCAAUAUGUCCAAUCAUGAUGUUAAAAUGACAUGAAAAAAACAUUAAGAAAACGAAAUAAUAUUUUUCUGACGUUUUUAUAAUGUUACAUAAUUAAUGUGAAAAUACAAUUUUUAGAACGUUCUUAGGAUGUUAUGGCAACAAAAUCUAAUGUUAUAAAAAGUCAUGAAAAUAUGUUUUCAAAAUAUUUCAACAAGACAUUUUUGAAAAAUGUUUUUGUGAUGUUCUUUAAAACUUUUUCAAAAAUGUAUUAGAAACAUAAUAAUUUUGACGUUUUGUGAUAUCCUUUUAACGUUUUGAGAGAAACAAAAUGUUUUAAUGACAUCUUUGAAAUAAUAUAUCUUUGGUGUAAAAAUAAUAUUUUAAAAACCUUAGAAUAUUAUGACAGUAAUAAUAAAUAUUCUUAAAAUGAUAUGAAACGAUGGUUUUUAAAUAUUUUAACAAAACAUUUUUUGAAUAAUGUUUUUCAAUUGUUUUCCAAAAAUGUUUUUAAAAUAUUUGAAAAGCAUUUCCUUUUUUACGCUUUUCUGAUGUAAUAUUAACAUUUUUUGAGAAACAAAAUAACAUUUUACUAACAUCUUUAUAUGUUACACAUUGGAUGUGAAAAUAUCAUUUUAAAAGCGCUGUUACAAUAUUCUGACAAUACCAUCAAACGUUCUCGAAAUGUUAUGAAACCAUGUUUAUAUAAUAUUUCAACUAAAAGUUUCUAAAAAAUGUUUUCCUAAUAUUUUUUCCAAACGUUACUGAAUGUAUUCUAAACAUAUUUUCCAAUGUUUUUAUGAUAUGAUUUUUACAUUUUUUCAGAAACUUCGUAAUAUUUUACUAACAUUUUUAGAAGGAUAUAUAUUUAAUGAAAAAUUAACAUUUGUAAAAAUGUGUUAGAAUAUGAUAAUUACGUCAACAGUUAUAGAAACGUCUAGAAAAUAUAUUUUUUUUCUUCAAAUAUUUGCCAAAAUAUUUCAGAAUGUAUCAGAAACAUCCUUACUUUAGUGUCUUCAUAAUACAAGUUUAACAUUGUAUAACUUUACUAUUAUCUUUAUACAUGGGAUCUAAAAAUAUGUUUUAAGGUUGUUAUAAUACCAUAGCGAUAACGUUCUUGAAGUGCUAUGAAACUAUGUUUUUAGAUUAUUUUAACUAAAAAAAGGAGAAAAAUAUUGUUUAAUACGUUUUAUGGUGCAACAUUAUUUCAGAAAAAAAUACAUUUUACUAACAUCGUUCUUAUAAUGUCAUACAUUAUGUGAAAAAACAUUAAAAUAUGUUUUUAGAAUAUCAUUAAAAUAACAAAAUAUUCUCGAAAUGUCAUGAUAAUAUGUUUCUCAAAUAUUUUAACAAAACAUUUUUUAGAAAUGUUUUUAUAAUGUCUUUAAAAAAUGUAUCAGAAAUAUCCUUAUUUUGACUUUUUUACAUAUCAUUUUAACAUUUUUCUAGAAACAACUAUUUACUAACAUCUUUAUGUUAUGUAUUGGGUGUGACAAUAACAUCAAACGUCCUCGAAAAAUUAUGAAAAUAUGUUAUUAAAAUUAACUAAAAAUAAAAAAAAAAGGUUUGUAAGUUUUAUCCAAUGUAUUUAUCGUAAUAACAUCUCUAUAUUACGAUAAAUACAAUGGAUAAAAAUACAAUUUCAAAGAAUAGUCACAACUUAAUGAUAAUAGCAUUAAGGGUUGUAGAAAAGUUAUUUAAAAAAUUGCAAAAUAUUGAUGCAUUGAAUAGUUUACAGACAUUAUCUAUACCCGAAUGUGAAUUUCAAUUCAGUGAAAUGAAAUAAAAGGUUAUGUUUUUAAGCCAUUGUUUUUGCAAAAUAUUGAUGCAUUGAAUAGUUUACAAACAUUAUCUAUACCCGAAUGUGAAUUUCAAUUCAGUGAAAUAAAAUAAAAGGUUUUUUUUAAGCAAUUGUCGUACAUUGAUUGUUCAAAGGCUGUUCAAGUGGAGUUGAUAGCAUACACCCAUAGCUUCUUAAACGGGGUGCUCCUUUUUAGUAGAACCAUUGUUUUUUUUAAAUACAAUAUAACAUUUUGAAAUUGUACUACUAGAAGACAUUUAAAGACGGCAAGAAUUACUUCAAGACAUAAAGGAGGGUCAUAUGAUGUUGAUAAUUUGAGACCAAUAUCUGUUUUACCUGCCUCGUCUAAAACAUUAGAAAUCAACUUUAUGAAUACUUGAAUGAAAACAAACUGCCAACGAAUUCUCAGUCAGGAUCUAGAUCUUUGCAUUCAUGCCUAACUAAAAUCAAAUACUAUUUGUCUGAUAAAAUGGAUCAGGGGCGAAUAAUCGGAGGUAUUUUCCUCAAUUUACGUAAAGCUUUUGAUGGUAUACCACACAAUUUCAUUCUUGGAAAACUGAAGUAUUAUUGAAUUAAGGGUAAAGAAUAUGAUUGGAUGUAAGCUUUUUAACAGACAGGAGACAGCUUGUCGAAGUAAAUAACUGUAUUAGUGAAAGUGUAAAAAAUAAAUCAGGCGUCCCACAGGGAUCCAGUUAGGGUCCAUUAAUAUCAGUUGUAUUUUUGUCAAUGAUGUAUGUAACUUGAAUUUGAAUGUUAAUUCCAAAAUGUGUCUUCAUGCAGAUGAUACUGCUACUUUCUUUUAUGAUGUUUUAUCUAAGAAGAUUAAAAAAAAAAUUGCAAAGUGAUUUUGAUGUUACCUGUAACUGGCUCGACCAAAACUGUAUGCAUUUGCAUACAAAAAAGUCAUAAGAAAAGAUAGAAAAAUUAUGCUUUAAUGAUAAAAUAUAUAAAUGAACCCAUAGAAAAUGUGAAAUAUAGUCAAAUACUUAAUGUACGUGGGUGCAACACUUGACUCUGGUAUGACGUGGGGAGAACAUGUAUCUAGUAUCAUUGUUUAAAUAUGUCGUAUGAUAGGUUGUAUAA